UACCAACACUGUAGCGUUGGAAGCCUUUACCUUAAGAACUUUUGCGGGAGAACGAAUUUUCAAAGGAAAUUUGAGAAAUAACAGACAAAUAGACAUGGAGUAUCUGUACAAUGCUAGUGUUCAGUGCGAGGAUGAGGAGCGGGUUAACUACUUCAACUACGACAAGUUCUUUGUGCCGCACGAGAGGGCCAUGGAGCUGGAGCAGCAGGCGGUCCUGCGGCAGCCCCAGUGGCAGCCACAGUGGCCAUCGCACCAACAACAACAGUGGGAGUCGCACCUCCAGCAGCAGUGGGCCCUCUCUCCGAUGUCCCGUUAUUGGCAGCAGAUCUGCAGUCCCAAUAUGAUGACUAUGGACAUAACCAAAACCGAACCCGGACUCGUCGGGCUUUCCUCCAAUCAACAGCAGCAGCAACAGCAGCAGCAGUCGCAGCAAUCGAACGCCGGGAUGAACAGCGGCGGCCAGAACAACGGGCCCAAUCCCAAUGGCAACGGGAAUGUGGUCAAUGUGGUCAACUCCGGCGGUGCCGGUGGCGGAAACAAUGGCAACGGGAAUGUCCAGAGCAUCGCCGCUGCCGCAAACAAUAAUAACAAUAACAACAACAACGGCAGCCAAUUGUGCGCCGGUUGCGGCAAGCACAUCCAGGACCGCUACCUCCUCCGCGCCCUGGACAUGCUGUGGCACGAGGACUGCUUGAAGUGCGGCUGCUGCGACUGCCGCCUCGGCGAGGUCGGCUCCACCCUCUACACCAAGGGCAACCUGAUGCUCUGCAAGCGGGACUACUUGAGAUUGUUCGGCAACACGGGCUACUGCGCCGCGUGCAGCAAGGUGAUCCCGGCCUUUGAGAUGGUGAUGCGCGCCCGCACCAACGUGUACCACCUGGAAUGCUUCGCCUGUCAGCAGUGCAACCACAGAUUCUGUGUGGGCGACCGAUUCUACCUGUGCGAGAACAAGAUACUCUGCGAGUACGACUACGAGGAGCGUCUGGUCUUCGCCUCGAUGGCCAAUCAUCCGAUGCUCAAGCGGCACGUCUCCUCCUUGGGCCAAGGAUCUCCAACUGGAGCGGCCGGUGCACAGAAUACCGCUGGCGGAUUGCUGGGCGGCGGACCAGGCAAUGCCAAUGUGAAUGGUGUGGGCAUGGUCAACGGGCCAAGGACUCCCGGUGAUCACAAUAACAACAACAAUGGACCACAGACGCCAACUGGCGGUGGAUCGCCGUUCGCUGCCGCCGCUGCUGCCGCCGCUGCCGCUGCCCACAUGAAGAACCAACUGGGAGCGUCCAGCUAAAAUAAAGCCCUGGGCAUGAGCGCUGCUGGCGGAGCUGUUGUGGGAGGAUCCGGAAUGGGAGUGGGUGUGGGAGUUGGCGUUGGAGUUGGAGCGGCGGGACAGCAGUUCUACUCGGGAUUCGGACUGCAGCAUCAGCACCAACAGCAGCAACAACAGCAGCAACAUCAACAGCAGCAGCAGCAGCUCAUGGGUUUGGGAAUGGGAAUGAGCAGUGGAUCGGGAGGAGGAGGAGGAGGAUCCACUGGAGGAGGAGUUGGAUCCGCUGGAGGACCAGGAGCUGGAGGCGUUGGCAGCAUCGGCAGCGGCUGCAAGCGCUACCAAAGAAAGUUCUACAACCGCAACUGAGAGACGCAAUCGAUGGUGAACGGAUCGACGACAACUGGAGGGGAGUGAGAAACGCUUGGAGGAAGGGAUCGACAAGAAAUCCAUGAAUCGAUAUUCAAAUCUUCGUUUGCUUCGCGACUGAGUUCAAGUUUUAUAUAGUUUUAAUGGCCUAGUUUUUAGUUAGCCUACGCAAAAGUCCUUGCUGAAGUUGCAGACAUUUUUUUGGAUCCUAACGUUUAAGCGACAAUAUGUUUACUUAGUUCUAUUCGAGGAUACCCCACAGUUUUUUUUCUUAAAAACAAAUUUUUUUUUUUUUUUUUUUAUACUUUUACCAAGACCUGUACAUAUUUUCCUUGCGAACUGUUGACUUUUUAGCGCGAUCCCAAUUUUUAUACAUAACUUCACGAUAUAGAUAUAUUUGUAUUUAUCUAUGUAUAUGCAUAAAUAAUUUUAUUUUCACGCUCGAAGCGUGCGGUGCCAAAACAAAUUCAAAGCAGUGCCAAAAAGUUAAAAAAUAAAGGAAGUGAAAAGCAGGAAGCAGAAAGCUGGAAGAAACGAAUGGCGGCUAAUAUCGGAUUUAAGUGGAGCUACGAAAUCGAGCGAGUUUAAACAUCCCCACCGAUCAAUGCUCGAUUUUCAGGGUGUCCUUUGGAUCCGAAGGGAGCUGCAGAAAAAAGCAAGAAGGAGGAGGAGGAGGAUCGAAGGGUUUAGAGGGCAAUUGGCAAAGUGAACUUUGAUGUGUAAAUAUUAAAAACAUUCUGCACACGACUUAAGCACACAUGAUUUUUGUUCUGAUUCCAUUUUAAGUCUGUUGGAGCAACGUUGUUGAUUAUUAUUUAAGUUUAGUUUAGUGCGAGGCUAAAGAAUGUUCUUUCCACGGCGAACGUUGUAUAGAAAGUAUAGAAAGGCGGGUUCAAUAAUCCAGAAUGAAUAAUCCCGACCGGCGGUAGAUGUAAAGAGAUAAAAAGAUCUGUAGGUCGAUGUAAAGUUAAGGACUCGUGUGCAUGUGUGUAUGUAUAUCUUAAAUAACCAAGCGAACUAGUUACAAUAUGGGUGUAUUUAUUAACUCUUUUUUUUUUUUUGCAAUCUAAUGUAUAACUAAUCAAUAUGCGUAAUUAGCGUUCGAUCGGAGCUAGCAAAUACGAGUAUUCUAAGUGCGGGAGAAACCAAAGUGUGUGUAUAAGCAUCCAGUCUAUCUACGAGCGAUAAACAAUACUACCUAUCUAUCGAAUAACCGAAAAAAAACUAUGUUAAAUAUCGUAAUAAUCUAAUAAUCAGACCUAAGUAAGAGCGAUUACCCAAUAUUUUUUUUGUAUCGUAUUGUUAGAGAGCAGGCAUAAAGUUAAAUCAAAAAAUCAAAUAUCUAAAGUGUAAGAUAAACCCGCUUAGACUUAUAUAACGUACGUGCAUAUACAUAAAAAAAGAAAACUGAACACACCCCAUA